CCCUCGCCCCCUCCCGAAAUUCCUCAGCCUCAUCAUCAGAGCAGCCAACGCUCCUGACGGUUCCUCCUAAGCCUUCCCCCCUCGUUGCCUCCGCCCUCCCCUCUUCUAUAUAUCUCUCUCCUCUUCCCCCCUCCAUUUUCUCAGCUCCCCCAGAUCUCCCCUCAUUUUUUUUCUCCGAAAAAGGAAAGCGGAAAAUGUCGUCGAUCUCCGCCCUCAAGAUCCCCCCCUCCCACCCCUCACCUCCUCCAACCCCCCUCCUCCCAUCAACAAGCCCCUCAGUCCCUUUCCUCCCUUCUCUCUCCCCGUCAGCGACCGGAUUCCCUCGCCGAUCCCUCAACCUUUCCGCCGCGUCGCGUCAAAACUUCGUGCUGUUUCUUCCAGCGUGUUCAAAGCUACGGAUGCCGCCGCGACUUUUACGAUUAGCCGCGAGGAGGGGCUGAUCUGUACGAGGACAUGGUCCUGGGCGAUUUUUUCGAGGACAUGUGCGCGCAGAUGUACUACCGGGGCAAGAUGUUCGGCUUCGUCCAUCUCUACAGCCAAGAAGCCGUCUCGACGCGGCUUCAUCCGCCACUCCGCACCGACGACACCGUGGUCAGCACGUACCGCGACCACGUCCACGCGCUCAGCAAGGGCGUCCCGGCCCGCGCCGUCAUGGCCGAGCUCUGCAAGACCACCGGCUGCUGCAGGGCAGGCGGGUCCAUGCACAUGUUCUCCAAGCCCCACAACCUCCUCGGGGGCUUCGCCUUCAUCGGCGAGGCUCCCGUUGGCCACGCCCCGCUUCGCGCUCCAAGGUCACAGGCCGAGGUCUUGGGAUCGCUGUCACGGGACGAUAUGGACGUGACUCUCGCUUUCUUCGGGGACGGGACUUGCAACAACGGGCAGUUCUUUGAGUGCCUGAACAUGGCGCAGCUGUGGAAGCUGCCGAUUGUGUUUGUGGUGGAGAACAAUUUGUGGGCGAUCGGGAUGUCGCAUCUGAGGGCGACUUCGGAUCCGGAGAUCUAUAGGAAGGGCCCCGCGUUCGGGAUGCCCGGAGUGCAUGUUGAUGGGAUGGAUGUGUUGAAGGUGAGGGAGGUGGCGAAAGAGGCAAUAGCGAGGGCGAGGAGAGGAGAGGGGCCGACUUUGGUCGAGUGUGAGACUUACAGGUUUAGAGGGCACUCACUUGCUGACCCUGAUGAGCUACGUGACCCUGGUGAGAAAGCUCAUUAUGCUGCAAGAGAUCCCAUUUCGGCCUUUAAGAAGUACAUGAUUGAGCAGAACCUGGCAACUGAAUCGGAGCUGAAGGCUAUUGACAAAAAGAUUGAUGACGUGGUUGAAGAUGCUGUGAAGUUUGCAGAUGAAAGCCCUGUGCCUCCUCGAAGCCAGUUGUUGGAGAAUGUGUUCGCAGACCCCAAAGGAUUUGGAAUUGGUCCUGAUGGAAAGUACCGGUGUGAGGAUCCUCAGUUUACUCAAGGAACCGCUCAGGUCUAGGAAGAGUGUUCUCAAUCAAACUGCUUGGAGUUGAUAAAUCUAGGGUGAAACUUGUGUUCAUGGUUUUCAUAGUAAUUGCAAUUGAUUCCCAUUCCUUGUAUUGUUCUUGUUUUCAUGAAGAUCACUAUGUUCUCGGAUUAUGUAGCCGUGGUAUUUAUGGUGUAGUUUCCAUCUGUUAGUAGCAGGUUAUUUGUUUUGUGUCAGGGCAUCCUAAGGGUGCGGUGGUAUUAAAAUUUAUCCAUUUUCCUGGAUGUUUUUCUUCAUGCCUAGGUUGUAAAACUUCGAAAUGAAUGGAAUUGUUCUCGAUUUUUAUC